UUUGCAUAUUAUUAGACACAGUAAACAUUUUGAAGUCUAAAAUAAUUACCAUUAUAAAUUGGUGGUUUUCGUUUUGUGUUUGAUGCCUUAAUAUUUUACACUAAUAAUAUCUAAAAGUAUUGCCUGCACCCAUGUGUUUUCCUUUCAAAAAUCCAGGACUUGAUAGUGCUGUGCUGGCGAGAUAUACCUAAAGAUAAAUAUUUCAAGAUUAUUUAGACUGUUUAAUUAAAUCCAAAACAAGAUUUUGUCAAGGCAACAAGGCAGCUCAUUAUGUAAAUUUCAAUGUAUUAAUUUAUAAGUUAAUAAGAUUAUUUUUACCUUUUGUGUACAUUAGCUUUUUUUAAUUUUGGUUCGAUGAAGAAAUUACUAUGUUUUGUAAUUAUUUAUGCGUCCAAAAUAUAUAAGAAACUUUUUCUUGGCUCAACCUUUCCCAGAAACAACAGUAUUAUUGCUGUAUUGGUAAUCAAAUGUUAUGAGGGUCUUCUAAACGUAGGAAGGACAAGAAUCGCCAGAGAAUUAAACCAUUCAGACUGUAUGAUCAUUUACUGAUAAAAUAAACUUAAUUUUUAGUAUAUUUUUUAUUCUAUAGUAAAUGAACAAUCAUUGACAAUCACUCUAGAAAAUUUUAUAGAAGUAAAUUAAAGUGAUUCGUACUUCAAGUGGACUAAACUUACUGAAAAUCUUGUAUGUAUCAAUAACAUUUUGUUUUCUUGCAUAAUAAGUAAAAAAAAUCAAGGGUAAAAAAAUUAUAUUCAUGGGUAUUACAUGUACAAAAUUGAUAGCAAAAGUAUUAAUUUCGUAAACUACAUUUUAUGUUGGAGCAUUUCAGCAAUUCCCUACAGCAAAAUGCUCUAUUUAAAGUUAUUGUAAUUAUACUUACUGCUCAAAGAAAUUAUCGCGGUUUUUCCAAAAAGCUACAUCUUUCUCCAUAGCAUUAGCACUACUUAUUAUACUACUACAUGCUUAGUACUCCUGCUGCGAUCGUCUUCCGUGUUUUCACACUUUUCACACAGAUGGCAGUAUACGCCGCGAGUAUUGAUUUUCCGGCUGUUGUAGGUAGUAAGUGGCGCUUGCCGGGAAAUCAAUAUUUAUUCUGGACAUAGGUUCUGGAAAAGCAUUUCGCUCAUACAGUUGUUCGUGAAAAUUUGCCGUGUUCCGCGUUUUAUCGUAAAGAAAGUUACGUUCCACCUUCGAUUAGGAACUUACGCUAACCGGUGCAACGAUUAAAAUACGUGAUUGGAUAAACACAACUUACUAAUUUGACCUUCAGAGUUGCGCAUCGUGUGAAAUGAUUAUAAAGGGGUGAUCAAAAUUCACGUGACACUGUUGAUUGUUUCGCUUGAUAGUUUAUUUGCUGCUUUAUUAUGCGUUCGCUUGCCGCGGUUCAUGGGGUGGAUCCCUUGCCCGAAUUAGGCAUUCCAUCGGCCAUUCAACAUCAGGGUAACGGCAACCCGGACGGUGACAUGGCCGGCGCACAGGACACUAUCUACCUGUGUAAUUUCCGCGUUUCCGUCGACGGCGAGUGGCUUUGUCUGAAAGAACUUCACGACAUGGAAAUGCAGGAUUCGUUCCAUCGCCCAUCUGCUCAGGGCACCAUUACGUCGCCCGACGACCCGAUGAAUACUAUGAUGGCACGGGAUCCCGUGGUGAUCGAACGCAGCAAUCUAGUAAACAUCUCUAAACUGAUUGUGAAGGAGCUGAUCGAACAAUCUCUCCGAUAUGGUAGAAUGCUCGAUAGCGAUCACUUGCCCUUACAUCACUUCUUCAUUGUUCUCGAGCAUGUUAUGCGUCAUGGACUCAAGCCGAAGAAGGGAUUGCUUGGACCUAAAAAAGAGUUAUGGGACAUCUUGCAAAUGGUUGAGAAAUAUUCGCCUGAAGCCGCUGACAUUACGGCUAGUAUCAGAGAUCUUCCUACUGUCAAAACUGCCAUGGGUCGCGCCCGAGCUUGGCUGAGAUUGGCCUUGAUGCAGAAAAGACUCGCUGACUAUCUUCGUAUUCUUUUGGAACAUCGUGAAGAUACGUUAGAAGAAUAUUUUGAACCCCAUGCUCUAAUGCUCAACGAGGAAGCCGUCAUCAUUACUGGCCUUUUAGUGGGCCUGAAUGUCGUGGAUUGUAAUUUGUGUGUCAAGGAGGAAGAUUUGGACAGUCAACAAGGCGUAAUCGAUUUCUCGCUGUACUUACGCGGCAGUAACUCUUCUAAUGACUUAGCCGGUAAUGGAAACAGUGACUCGGAACCGAAACAACGUCAUAUUACCACGAUGCUAGACCAGAAGAAUUACAUCGAGGAGCUCAACAGACACCUCAAUGCUACAGUGGCAAACCUUCAAGCUAAGGUUGAGACCUUGACAGCUACCAAUGCCCUUAUGAAGGAGGAUUUGGCUAUCUCCAAAAACACUAUGAUUCAGUUAGUUGAAGAAAACAAUCAACUGAAACAUGCGCUGGGGCAAGAUAUAACCAAAGACACGAGGAUGAAAGUGGUGGAAUUGCAAUCUGAUGAAGAGGAGAAACGCAGCGUGAAAAGUAUUGCUUCGGAUAAAUCCAAAAAUGAUAGCGAGGCCAGCAAGAAUUUGGAAGAAGAAAGAAAGAAAUAUUUGGAACUUCAAAGAGAAUUGGACUUGCAGAUUUCACUUAAAGCAGAAAUGGAGGUGGCUAUGAAAUUGUUAGAAAAAGAUAUACACGAUAAACAAGACACAAUAAUUUCGCUGAGAAGGCAGCUCGACGAUAUAAAACUAAUUAACCUAGAGAUGUACAAAAAAUUACAGGAAUGUGAAAGUUCCUUGAAACAUAAAACAGAGCUAAUAGCCAAAUUGGAAGCAAAGACUGAAUCAAUGGGCAGCACCAUACAUCAACUCGAUGAGAAGUUGCAAGAAGAUAAGUUAGCUAGGAAGAAUUUAGAAGAGAGUGCGCGCUCGCUGGGACAGAAAGCGGCUGCUGCGGAAACCAGGGCUGUGGCUGCAGAAGGAGAUCUUAGGAUAGAACGGGAAUGGAGAGUAUCCUUACAAGAAUCGAUGAUGCGGGAUCGCGAUAAGAUAUCAAUGUUAACACAAGAAGUGGAAUCCCUCAAAUCAAUAGGACAGAAAUACCUCUCACUACAAGAAGAGCAGCACGUCUUAAAAACACAAUACAUAGAAGCACAGAAAACUCUAGAAGAAGUAGGGGCUACAUUAAGCGAGAACAAAUUGCAAUUAGCUGAACUCUUGGAGAAGGAGGCACAAUCGCAGACCGUUGAAGAAACUCCUACGUGGACGCAUGAUAAGGACGCCACGGCUUGUACGGCAUGUACUAAAGAAUUCUCAAUCGCGAGGCGGAAACACCAUUGCCGGCGGUGUGGACAUAUAUUCUGCGCGGCGUGCAGCGACAAGACAGUUGCGUUAACUGGCAACACCAAGCCUGUUCGAGUUUGCGACGCCUGCUACGCUGAAGUGAGACUAACGUAGCUAACACAAUUAUAGGAUAGCUUCCAAUUAUUUGAAUUGACCAAAAUAACGCACUGAAAUAUUAAAAUCUGUGCGAAUGAAGUUACUGCCGGUGAAAUUUGGUAGAAAAUACCGGGAAGGUAGACUCGGUAGAAAAUGAAAUUUGAUAUUACGUUAUUGUGCGGACUCGGUUCAGUAGAGCGCACGUAAAUUGUGUAUUCACAUGCAAAUGCAAAAAUGAUCAUGAGUGGGUUAUUAAAGCUCACCUUUUUUCAAAAGGUAUAUGAUGUUACAUGAAUCCGGUCAAUUUAAAAGUGCUCCAAGAUGAUGUGACAUGUUUGACCGCUAAGAAUGAGUGUUUGUGUGUCACAGUAGCUCUUUAAGACUGAUGAUAAUUUUCAGUAAACAUGUUUUGUUUACCAUUUUAACUAAAUGUACGUUUUAAAGGAUCAAAUCAUGUAGUAAAACAAACAAAUACGCGCUCAAGUGUCAUCCAUUCUAAUGGUCCGGAGAUUAAAAUCAAAAAUCAUAAGCUCAGAUAUUUAAUUCCCAUAAAGCUUGAAUAAAACACAAUCAAUUCAGUUAAUCAGCUUUCUACGUGUGUUACCUAGGCUAGAAAAUAGUUACAUUUUUUAACUGUAAAAUGACACAUUCUUCAUUUUCAGUUAAUUGCCGUAAAGUUUUAUCAUUUGACCAACAGCCGUUCUUGAUCAUAGAUUAAUAAUCAAAAAUGUUCAAUGUCUAUGGUUCGUAGAACAUACAUAUAGAACAAAUUAUAAAUCAAUAGAAAUAAUGACUACAGCAUACAUAAUAUAAAUAUAGGUAAUUGUAUUAGCCUAAAUAAUUAUCGGUCUUUAUCUUAAAAUUAAGAUCAUAUUAUUUAUAGUACAAAACAACAUUAUUUUUUCUUAUUUUGUAAUAAAUACUAAAUCAAUUAUACUGAUGAAAUAUUCCAUUCGCAAAGUUUAUUUUAUAUAUUUUAUUAAAUUGUACGAAGCAAAUUAAAUAAUUAUUCGCGGCCAUUGUUGUCAAAAAUGCAAUUAGUUUGGUAAAAAAAACGAAUUUAAUAAUAUUAACCAUAGCCAAUUGUAAUUAAAGUACAAGACCUUUGGUGUGUGGCUUCGUUUUAUAAAAUGACAUCUCGUGUUUUUUUUUUUUGUUAACUAGAACUGUUAAUUAAAAGACGUCCCGGAAUUGUUUAAAGGUCUAUUCUGUACUAAUUUAAAUAAUGCUCAUCAUGGGAAAAUAUAUUUUUAAUGCAAGGAGGUUUUUAACGUAUCAUAGAGAUAAACUUCAUGCCUAAUGGCUAGCAAAUUAAAUGUGUUGCAAACUAAAUAUAUAUUACGUAUCCAUUUUAUUCCCUACUUAAAUAAGCGGGCCGGGGUCUUACUAUUAUAAUGUAUAGUAAAAUCAAAUUAAAAUGAAAGGUUCAUAGAUUAUUUGCUAUUAUGUAUUGUUGUCUAUGGAUCAUUGUUGUUAGUGAGGUGCUUCAGUUAUGAUGAAUAUGUAUAUUAUGAUUGUUAUCGAAAAACACGUAAUGAAUUAUUAUUAUUGUAAAUAUAUUAUUGUUUGUAUAAUAACUAUGAAUACGUAAUCUGGACAUAAAAAUAACCGAAUUUAACAUA